CGCCAUCAGUGCAAAUUGAACGAAAUCGCGCAAUUCGGACCGCAGCGAUUAUCGUGUUGGUAAAGUUCUGUGGUAAAGUUAUCGCGGUUUUCAAAGAACAAUAUAUUUAGGAAUAGUACAGAUUACAUUACUUCUUCACGGUCGUAUUUUAAUUGUGUUCAUUGAACCAUGUCGGAGGAAUCGGACACGCCACCAUUUAGCACUGUGAACAUUAACAAUGAUAACAGGGAGGAAGAAGAUCUAUUCGCGUCUGCGGUCCAGGAAGUUAGCUUGGAUCCAGAAGUAAAUGGAACUGAAGAUGAAAUGGAGAAAGCAACAAUUCGAAAUGCUCCUCCAGCCAUAACUACUACGUUAAGCAGUCCUAUAUUGGAAGAGAUAGCUACUGAACGUGCGAACAACAUCCUAAUCACGAUAACGGAGCCACAGAAGAUCGGCGAAGGCAUGAGCUCAUAUGUGGCCUACCGGGUCAUCACAUCCACCAACAUGCCAAUAUUCAGCAAGCACGAAUUCGCAGUGCUGAGGCGCUUCAGCGAUUUCCUCGGUCUGCAUGAGAAAUUAACUGAGAAAUAUCUGCGCUCCGGUAGGAUUAUCCCGCCCGCGCCUGAGAAGAGUAUAGUGGGCACGACGAAACUCAAAAUGACGUCAACGCCAUCUACCGAGAGUGCCAACGGGAACAACUCGUCCGGCAGUGUCCAAUCGCAGUUCGUAGAGCGGCGACGUGCUGCUUUAGAACGAUUCCUGAACCGAGUCGCUCAACAUCCCGUCCUCUGUAUCGAUCCAGACUUCAGGGAAUUCUUGGAGUCAGAUACGGAACUGCCCAAAGCGACGAGUACGUCCGCCCUGAGCGGCGCCGGCGUUCUGAGGCUGUUCAACAAAGUCGGGGAGACGGUUAACAAAAUCACCUACAGAAUGGACGAAUCGGAUCCGUGGUUCGAGGAGCGCUCGUCUCGCGUGGAAGGUCUAGACACGUGCCUGCGGCGUCUAGCGGGCGCGUGCGAGGCGCUGGCGCACGAGCGGCGCGAGCUGGCCGCGCGAACGCACGACGCCGCGCGCGCAUGUGCCGCCCUCUCCGGCGCCGACCCGCACGCGCCGCUGUCACGCGCCCUCUCCCAUGCCGCGGACCUGCAUGAGAAGGUAGAACAAUUACGAAUGGAACAGUCGAACACAGACUUCUUCGUUCUUACCGAGCACAUAAAGGACUAUUUAGGACUUAUCGGCGCCAUCAAGGACGUCUUUCAUGAAAGAGUGAAGGUGUUCCAAAAUUGGCAGCACGCUCAAAUGCAACUCACGAAGCGGAGAGAGAACAAGGCGAAAGCAGAACUCGCAAAUCGGCCCGAGAAAAUUGAACAAGCAUCCAAUGAAAUUAUCGAGUGGGAAGCGAAAGUGGAGCGCGGUCAACAGGAGUUCGACACGAUAUCGCGCGUGAUAAAGAAAGAAUUGGAGCGAUGGGAAGAAGUGAGACUCACUGAACUGCGGGCCACGAUCCUUCGAUACUUGGAGGAGCACAUGAAGCACCAGGCACAGUCUAUUCGUUACUGGGACGCUUUCCUGCCAGAGGCUCGAGCGAUCAAAUGAGUGGAGUAGUAACGGCCCAUCGCGCCCUUACAGUAUAUACAUAUAUAUACUAAACACGACCUUAGCAACAACAUCAUAGAAUUCAGAAUCGUUUGUAAAUUCACUGACGUAACUAGCUGAACAUUUCAGCAUUCAUAACCAAUAUACAAAGUUGUCGUUUAUGAAAAAAAUCGUUUAAAAAAGGCAAUUCGUUCAGCUACUUUCGUUAUACAGGCAAAGCCGCGGCAGAUACACUUACAUCGCGAAUCAUUCGAAUCUAUGUACACCAACAUAGCCUCGACUGUUCUUUUAAUGACAUUGUGCUGCCGUAGCUAGCUGUGUGUAUAAAUAAUAGCAUAUAAAGAAUAAUGUUAUAUUGUUUUUUGUUUUAAACUUUCAUGUACAUAAGGUAGCAAUCCCGUAAAUAACAUAAAUUACUGUUAUAUUCUUUGUUUUAAUAUGUGCUCAUUAAGCAAUCUUGAGAAGUCACUGCCAGCUUUGAAAUAAGACUUCUGUAAUCGUAUAUCGAGAGUGGAAAAGCAAAAUUACUUAUACGCCACUUCGGUGCUGCUUAAAAUUAACAUUAAAUAAAAACUGAAAUUAAGUUCAUUUUUAAGCAGCACCAAAGUGGCGUAUAAUCAAUUUUAGCUUUUCCACUGUCGAUAUACCAAAUGAAACACUUUGUUUUAAAUUGAGAUUCUAGAGGAAAUCAUGUAGGUAUCGAUAUAAAUUAGGCUAAAACGAUGUUAAUAUUAUUCCGUAUUGAUACAAUAUUAGAGGAAUUCUUUUAUGUUAUAUGAAAUUCGUAACCAACCGUUUUUAAUUAUAUUUUUUAAACAUUUAACUGUUAGAUGUUUUAAAUCCAAAGAAAAUGUUAUUAGAAAAAAAUCCACGCGGUCCCGGCAGUAGACGGGGCUCGAACCUGCACCCUCCGCCAUCCGGACGGAUGCAAUGACCAUUAUGCUAUCGCA